AUGUCGAAAGCUCUGGGUAGCAUCCACACACACAGCUCGGACGAGGAGGCGCAGAGGCCAGCCCUCUCGGCGCCGCCUUCCUACCGAUCCUCUCGCGAAGGAAGCCCGGUUCACGAUGCUACCACAGAGACAUCAAACAUGCUUCCGCUGCCUGCGGGAGCUUCUGGCGCGGCUGACCUGUCCUCGCGGGGCGCAAGCAAGAAGCUCAAGAAGAUCGGAUUCGUUCCCGGCUGGGAAGGCCUGCGAGGCAUCGCUGUUGCUCUGGUCAUGGUCUCGCACGUCGUAGAGAAGAAGGAGAUGCUUGGCACCCUGGGUGUUGGCGUCUUCUUUGUGCUUUCGGGCUUCCUCAUCACGGGCGUGCUCAUGUCGCAGAUCGAAAAGAGCGAGCAAAGGUACCGAGAGUCGUCUGCGACUUCGGAGACCAAGCCGUUGCUGGGUCGAUUUGCAUUCCUUCCACGAUUCUACAUGGACCGAUUCGUGCGACUCACGCCCGCUUUGGCGCUCAUGGUGGGCAUCGUCUACAAGAUCGGUAUCCACAACGGCAUUCCUGCGGCUGUCCUGCGUUCCGAUGCGCUGGCAGCGUUCUUCUACGUGCACAACAUCUAUCCGAUCAUGCCGCAAGAGCCCCGACUCAUGUACCCGGGCAUGUACCUCAACACAUGGUCGCUGGCGGUGGAGGAGCAGUUCUACAUCUUCUGGUCGCUCGUCAUCUCCUUUGUGGUGCCGCUCUCGUUCCGCAGCCGAGCGGUCGUCAUGGGCCUGCUGGUCUUUGUUGGAUUCUACAUCCGCUACUACAGCGGUUGGAACUUCCUGGGCGACAAGAUGUAUGGCAUUGACUACCGAUACGCCUACUCUGCCAACGCGUGGAAGAUGUUCAUCGGCUGCUCGGCUCGUCUGCUUCCCAUCCCGGAGCAGCUGACGCGCAAAUGGGUGGGCAUGGUCAGCACGAUCUUCUUCUUCUUCCUCACCUACAUGUGGGGCUACGGUCUAACCGCCUUUGACUUCCGCACCUCGGGCGUGUGGCUCGAGCUCUUUACGGCGCUGACGGUGCUGCUGGUGGUGCUGGGAAGCAUCAACGGCAACCCGAUCCUCGAGUCGCAGCUCUUCCGCUUCCCCGGUCGUAUCUCGUACUCUUGGUACCUCUGGCAGUUCCCGCUGCAGGCUCUGCAUGGCUGGCCCAUCGGAAACUGGGGCCCGACCGGUCUGGCAUUCAUGGUGUCCACUUUCACCACGUUCAUGAUCGAGGAGCCCAUUAGGAACAGGUACCAUGCGUGGAAGAACCACAAGGCCGAAGCCAGCGUGGAUGCGGAGAAGAUCCACGCCCGACGCGAAGACUAA